AUGCCUGACAGCGACAUCCCCUUGACCCAGGUCAGGAGCGCCGCCUCGACUGGCGCACGAAAGGCCACCAUGAACACCUCCAGCGAGGACACAGGCUCCGGCACGAAUGAGAAGCACGGCAUCUUUCACCACCACAACAAUAACAACAAGGGCGGCCGCCGCAAGAAGCACGGCGAGCUAGGCCGCAAAGGGACCGGUGGCUCUGACGAUGUCAAGGUCAACGCCAUGGGCAGAUUCUACAACAAGAUCACCGGCGCCUCUGUUGUCACCCGCUAUCUGGUCUACAUCAUCCCCAUCGGCAUUCUUCUCGCCAUUCCCUUGAUUGUCCUUCCCAUUACCGGCCACCGGAAGGAUGUCCUCGUGGGAGGGACCAAGGGCAAGCCGCUGUUCGACCUGUUUCUGUGGAUCGAAAUCGCCUGGCUCACUCUCUGGGCUGGCAAAUGCGUCGCCUGGGUCCUCCCUCACGCCUUCAUGUUCUUCUGCGGAGUCGUCAGUUCUGGCACGCGCAAGUAUGCCACCGUCCUCUCCAACCUGCAGAUCGCCCUCUCGCUGUUCUUCUGGGCCCUUGCUUCCUGGCAGUCCUUCCAGGCGCUCUUCAAGGCCACCAACGAAGCCGACCAGGCUUCGUGGAUCACUACCAUGAUUCGCCUCUUGGGCGCUACCUUCAUCUCGUCUGCCGUCUACCUCGGUGAGAAGGCCAUUGUCCAGCUCAUUGGUAUCUCUUACCACCAGCGUUCCUUCGCCCUGCGCAUCAAGGAAUCCAAGCGCGAGGUUCGCCUCCUCGGCCUGCUCUACGACGCGUCGCGCACUCUUUUCCCCAUGUACUGCCCCGAGUUCGAAGACGAGGACUACAUCAUCAACGAUAGUCUCGACCUGAUUUUGUCCAAGGCGGCCAAGGGCGGCAAGGGCGGCGCUGGCUCUGCCACCCCUCUCCGACUCGUCGGUGAUAUUGGCCGUAUGGGAGACAAGAUCACGGGCGUCUUCGGUAACAUCGCAUCGGAAAUCACUGGAAAGCAAGUCUUCAACCCCAACUCGGCUCACUCCAUCGUCAUCGAGGCUCUGGAGAAGACCAAGCCCUCUGAAGCUCUCGCCCGCCGCAUCUGGAUGUCAUUCGUCGUCGAAGGAAAGGACUCGCUGUACCCCGAUGACUUCCAGGAAGUGCUGGGACCCGCCUACUCGGAGGAAGCCGAAGAGUCUUUUGGCAUGAUUGACAACGACAUGAACGGCGACAUCAGUCUGGAGGAGAUGACUCGCAAGGUGGUGGAGAUCGGCAGGGAACGCAAGGCUAUCACCGAAGGCAUGAAGGACAUCGGUCAGGCACUACGCGUGUUUGAUAAGGUCCUGAUGUUCGUUGUUCUCCUGAUCGUCGUCUUCAUCUUCCUGGCCUGGUUCCAGUCCAGCUUCUUGACAACCGUCGCUACCGCCGGAACCGCCCUCCUGUCUCUCUCUUUCGUCUUCGCCGUUACCACCCAGGAAUUCCUCGGCUCCUGCAUUUUCCUUUUCGUCAAACAUCCCUAUGACGUCGGUGACAGGGUUGACAUCGUUGGUUCCGAGAAGCAGCAACUCAUCGUGGACAAGAUUUCUCUCCUGUACACCGUCUUCACCCGCAUCGAUAAGAUGCAGGUGGUACAGGUCCCCAACAUCACGCUCAACAACCUUUGGAUUGAGAACGUCACUCGCAGCAAGGCCAUGAAGGAAGUUAUUGACCUGAACGUCUCAUACGACACGAGCUUCGAGGACCUGGAGCUGCUGCGUGUCGAGCUGGAGAACUUUGUCCGCAACUCAGACAACUCUCGCGAUUUCAUGCCGGAUAUCGCCAUUGGCGUCGCUGGUGUCGGCGACUUGGACAAGCUGCAGCUUAAGAUCGCUAUCAAGCACAAGUCUAACUGGCACAACGAUGCCGUACGCGCAACCCGCCGCUCCAAGUUCAUGUGCGCCCUGGCCAUGGCCCUCAAGAAGAUCCCAAUCUACGCACCCGGAGGUGGUGCCGAAGCUCUUGGCGCUCCUGGCAACCCGUCCUACUCUGUGGCCGUGUCCGACCAGUUUGCCGCAUCCGCCCGUGACCAGGCCGCCAAAGAAAAGGAGGCGAAGCGCUUGGUGCCCUCCCCUGCCGCCGAAGGUACCGACACGCAACCGGACCCCAACACCGAAAAGCAGGCCGUGCAGGAGCUGAACCUACGCGACCCGCUGACCGAGGAGGAGUGGGGCUACCGAGUGGGCGACGAACAGACCCUGUCUGGAUCUAGGGACCGCCAAUCGGAGGACCGACGCCGCUCCAACGACAUCGACCGCGUCCGCAGUCAGCUUAUGAAGCGGGCCAGCACCAGGGGCGGCGGCGGUCGUCGCAAGCCCGGCGAAAGCAUUCCCAUGUCGACUAUCAACGACGGGAUGGGCUUGAACUUGGCGCAGACCACAUCACGAAGCCGCAUCUAUGAUGAGGAGGCUGGGACUGGCGUGCCAGACUCAUACAACUCGGCCUACUAUGGCACCCAAUCCCCGAGCUAUCCCAACUACGGACAGACACUGUCCCCUACCAUCUCUCCGCCCCAACAGACUUCCGGGCUCACGCCCCACCCCCUUCAGAGCGCGCCGUCCGGACAGCGUCCACGAGGACGCAGUGUCUCCAACAGCCAACAGCAGAAUGAGGCCGACCAGAGCGGUCAGAAGAAGUAG